GACCUGGCUCCCAGCCAGUGGCAGAAGCUGAUGGGAGGAACCAACGGAGCGUGCAAAAAGCCAACAUGACUAACGGAUCGCGGAAUGGUGUGAGUCCUUAUGUGCUUGGAUCUCCCGGAAUGUAAGAGGAGGCAACCCGGCGGCUCUUUUCAGUCUCCUGCCUCCGAGUGGAUCUGUGACUCCCAAAGCAGAGCUCUGCUGCUUUGGGGAAGGGUUAAGGAAGGAUAGAACAUGGCCUGCAUUUUGAAGCGCAAGGCCGUUGUUGUAAUUGGCUGUAUAGCUGCUUUUCUAAUCCUCAUCAUUGCCCGCCUUACAAAUGAAGUCAGCUUUCCCCUCAUGCUCAGCUGCUUCGGACAAUCCAGUGUCCAGUGGAUGCCAUUUUCCUAUACGCAAAAACGACAUCGAAGGGCUCACUAUGGAUAUCUUAAUGUGAAAAACCAAGAGCCUUUGCAGCUGGAGUGUGAUCUCUGUGCCAUUAUUUCAAACUCGGGUCAGAUGACAGAACAGAAAGUAGGAUCUGAAAUUGACCAGGCUUCCUGUAUAUGGAGAAUGAAUAAUGCUCCCACCAAGGGCUAUGAAGAAGAUGUUGGGAAAAGGACAACAGUAAGAGUCGUCUCCCAUACCAGCGUCCCUCUUUUGCUUAAGAAUGCAGACUAUUUUUUCAAGGAAACCAAUAGUACAAUUUACGUCAUCUGGGGACCUUUCCGAAAUAUGAGAAAAGAUGGAAGUGGCAUUGUAUAUAAUAUGCUGAAGAAGACUGUGGACAGUUAUCCUGGGGCCAAAAUCUAUGUGACCACUGAAAAACGGAUGAGCUACUGUGAUGAGAUCUUUAAAAAGGAAACUGGGAAGGAUCGAAUCCAGUCAGGUUCCUAUCUCAGCACUGGUUGGUUCACCUUAAUUCUAGCGAUGGAUGCCUGCUACAGAAUACAUGUCUACGGAAUGAUAAAUGACACAUACUGCAAGUCAGAAGGCUUUAGGAAAGUCCCGUAUCACUACUAUGAACCUGGGAGGAGUGAAUGCGAUGAGUACGUCCUUCAUGAAAAUGCACCCUAUGGAGGCCACAGGUUCAUCACAGAAAAGAAAGUAUUUGCUGAAUGGGCUAAGAAACAUACAAUAACAUUUACACACCCUAAUUGGACCUUGUCUUGAUGCUGGUUGUCACAGACUUCCACAACAUAGGCUCUGGAUUUAAAUGACAAUCCUCCUUAGGUGAUAAUGCAGAAAGUGAUGGUUCUGCUGUGUGCUGUUUGUGUGUCUGUGUGUGCUCAGCUAUGGAAGAUUCUUACUCGGUCUCAUUUUAACUGGAUUUUUUUUUAGAAGUUUGACAUGGCAACAUUUGCUAGAGCAGGGUUCUUCAAACUUGGCCCUUUUAUGACUUGUGGACUUCAACUCCCAGAAUUCCUCAACCAGGCAUGCUGGCUGAGGAAUUCUGGGAGUUGAAGUCCACAAGUCAUAAAAGGGCCAAGUUUGAAGACCCCUGUGCUAGAAGAUGAAGUUCUGCUAGGAGGGGAAAACACUGCUCUGGGUUUUGUGGAUAAUGUCUCUAGUACUUGAAUUUAAAUGAUAAAUGCUACUAUUAAAGCAACCCAUCGUUUGGGGCAGUAACAGCCAGACAAAUCAGUCUUGUAACUAUACAGUUUGCAUGGCUGAAGAUUUAUUGCAAAUGAGCCACUUAGAGAUGUGCUAAGAAGAUCCUGAUUGCUCUUGAUUUCUAGAAGAGGACUGAGUAAGUCUGAAGCUCAGAGACAAUCCGUAUGGCAGAAUGCCUCCAUAACCUCCAGGUGUUCUGUCAUGGUCUCAAUUUUCUCAGCAUCUAUUUAUUUAAGUUAUAUCGCUUUUUUGGAGCACAACUAAGAGUGGUGUCUAAGUCCAGGUAAUAUAGUUUUGGGCAAUGACAUUUCUUGUGAUCUUGAGCAGUUCUCAGUUCUCAAACACCUACCUCACAAGGUGUUGUGAAGAGAAAUCAAGGCUACUACAGUACAAUGAUUUUUUUUAAUCAAUCAAUAUGCUUAUUUAUAUUUUUAUAUAAGUUCAUGGAUUCUUGACACAUAUUCCUCCUUAUCUCCUAUUUAAGAAUACUAAACCCAUGUGUAUGAAAUGAUUUCUUUGAAACUCUACAGCGACAUUCCAACUCCAAAAGCUCAGUGUGGAUUAAUUUCUUCAAAAGAUUCUUUUUCACAUACAUUUUUUUUCCUUUUGAUGGUAAGAGAGCCUGGAAUGCUUAAUAGCUGCCCAUGUGUAAUUGAAGUGCUGCACGCCUUGUUUUAUCCAUGCCGUAGAGACCAUGCAAAGCAUUCGAUCAUUUAAAUUCCAUUUUACUUAGAAAGAUUUAUUACAGAGAUAUGAGAUCUAAAAAGAAGGAAAGAAAGCAGUGACAGACAUUAUACCAAAAUUUCAUUCUAUUUUUAAGUUGAGGAAUCAUUUCAAUUUAUAUCAGAAGUGUGUGUGUGUGUGUGUGUGUGUGUGUGUGUAAAACCGUCUAAAUAACUUUAAGUUCCAUAUCACUUCAAAAAGUUCCUUAAAAAUCUGCAAAAUACUUGGAUAUCCUUCCUGCAAUACUGUAAUCAUACUGCUAAAACUUGAAAAAAAAAGAUUUAUUGAUCUUUUUUUUUUGUAUAAAAUGCCCAAGAGGCUAAGUAUUGAAUUCAUCCCACAUUUUGUAUUGCUUUGCUGAAUCAUGAAAAGGCAAUAGCAAAGUCAUAUUUUUUUACAUAUUAAAACGUUUGUAUAAGGACUGAUUUUUGUAUUGUAUAUUUGUAUAUGAAGGUCUAUAAGUCCUAUAUAGUCGCGUUACCACUGUUACUAAGUGCCAUGCUGCUACAUAUUGUGUGGUUGUGUACUUUGAGCCAAGAAUAGCUACCUUCUGCUUCAGUAUCCAAAGGUAAAUUGUUCACUCUCAUUCUGGGAAAUUUUGGUAACAUCUAAUAAGUUACCACAAAUCUCUGUUUUAUUUAGAAGCUUGUCACUACCUCUAAGAAAACACAAAGUUGUGUCAGAUGGUUCAGCAGUCGAGGUUACAACAGAAUGUGUGUAUGGAAAAUAUCAUUUACCAUCAGUAUAUUCCAGGGCUCUGCAUUUUUACUAUUCUUCUGUUGAUUCCAGUUUUUUCCCCAUGACUAUAUUAUUACUUCUGACUUGUUUGAAUUGCCUUCAUAUGCUAAUGUAUAUAUCUUUUUUGAAAGUCUAAUAUUUUUCUUCUUUAUAGAACUUCAUAUGCAUUGUACUUGGUAGGAAUAGCAUGAUAUGAAUGCUAUUGAGUUAUUAAAGUGGGAUUUAGGAAUUUAUGACUCUAUGUACAAUACCCACAUAUAUCCAUUUUAUACUAACUCUAUAAUAUAGUUUCCUUCCAGAAAAUUCUCCUAGAUUCAACAGUGUCAAGAACACUUGAUUCCUAGACAUCCUUGGUAUUUCUUGGAAUUACAUGAUCAAAUUAAAUCACUGAGGAGUCUGUAGGGCAGGGGUCCCCAAGCCGUUAGGUGCAGCUCACUACCGGGCCAUGGCCUGCUGGCCACUGGGCCAUGAGUGGCUGGCCAGUGCACUCGCAUGUGUGCACGGACUACCCCCCACUCAUGUGAGUGUUGCCCGGAGCUUCACACAGACACUAGAGGCCCUGUUUGUAUCGUGUGGGCACUAGCAUCGUCCCAAGCAUCAUGUGGACACUAACAUCCUGUUUGUGGUGUACGCUUGCUCACGGCCCUGUUUGCGGUGCUCGUAUGCUCCCGGUCCCAUUUUUAAAUGCAUGCAUAAAGGUCCCUGUCCCUCCCUUUCCCUCAGAAAGUUGGGGACCUCUGCUGUAGGGUAUAUAUUCAAGAGAAGAACCAACCAAAGUGGGAGCUGAAAGUUUUAAUACUAAAUCAAGAGUAUGGUCAUUGGCAUAUCUAAAAGAAUGAAAGAGAGAAGAAACUUGGUUGUCGUUUAACUGUUCCCUUGAUUGUGUUGUACAGGUUUCUUUGAUCUUAAUAGUUUCCGGGUUUGCCAUUUGGGAUAAAUCAGAAGUUGGCGAUUUGAAUUUGCUGCCCUUGAGCUAAUUCCAAACUUUUCUCUGAGCAAUCAAUUCUUUGGCUUUGUAAAAAGAAUAGUUUGUCAUUCCUUAGAGGUGAAGAGGAAAAAAAAAGCAGGAGAAGGUAAGACCAAAAAGAAAUAAAAUAAAAUAACGGGGCAUAGCAAAGAAAAAGAAAGUAGCAUCCAUGCCAUAUUUGGCCCUGGGUCCAUAAUCCAUCAUCCUUUGCUUUUUCCAUUGCUAGCUCACAUUAUCUAUGAUGGAAUAAAACCUUCAAUAAAAAUGUACCCACAACAUACGAAUUGAUUUUCCACAUAAACACUACACUAAGAAUUGAGUGAUAUGCCCUGCAGUGUUUUGGAUUCAAUUAGAGGUAGUCUUCGGCUUAUAACCAUUUGUUUAGUGACCAACAGCACUGAAGAAAGUGACUUAGGACUGGUUUUCAGCUUACAAUCAUUGCAGCAUUCCCAUGGUCACAUGAUCAAA